CAAUGUUCCGGUCACCAAACCCCAACCACGCGCCAUUAAUUUUCACACCGCGCCACUCACUGGGCCCACCCUAUCAAAUCUCUCCCCGCCCGGACCCCCUAUAUACAAAUCUCAGAUUCUCCGCAGUGCUCUGGCGUCGCCUAAUUCACUGGGUUUCUCUCAUUUCAGAUUUCAAUCAUCUCGAAAAGAUGAGAGUGAGUGUAGUUACACGGAGUGGUAGAGAACUCUUCAAGGGUGGCCUAGAGCUCAAUGACUCCGCUACUGUAGCUGAUCUGCAAGAAGCAAUUCACCAGCGAAGGAGCUUCUAAAACGGAGUACCAAAGGGAACACCAAUGCGUCAUUGAGGAAUAUUACCGCAGGGAAAGCGCCGUAGCCAAUGGAUGAGAUCCAUCGGCUGGCGCUCGGCUCCUAUCUCAUUGAAAUAGGUGAUGAGCUUACCUCUCAACAAGGAGGCAUCCACCCAAGAGAACACCAAUGCGUCAUCGAUGAAGAUUAGCCAGUGGAUGAGAUCCAUCGGCUGGCGCUCGCCGCCUAUCUCAUUGAAAUAGGCGACCAGCUUACCUCUCAACAAGGAUACGUCCCUUAAAGGGAACACCAAUGCGUCAUCGAGGAAGAUUAUUGAAGGGACAGUGCCGCAGCCAAUGGAUGAGAUCCAUCGUCUGGUGGCGAGGAGCGCGCUUCCAUUCAGAUGGGAGCUCGCUCCUUCCUAAGAUGGGAGCUUUUGUACAACCUUAUAUAGAAAACAAGGAUUUACCAAUUGGCUUUACAAAUUGGUCUUCGAUUUAACUUAUAUGUAUAGCCCAUGUCAUGAUAUCUUGAAAAGAAAGUCAUAUAUUGUAACACUGGCCCAUUUCUUACACUUAUGGUGGACUUGAACCAUGUUUUUACUCCCUAAAAUCAUUGUACUUUUAAAGUGCAUAUUCCAUACUACAUAAUUUCCAUGAUA